GUUCCCGGUGAUGUCUGGCCCCUCCUGGCACCCGCCACGGACCGGCGCCCCCCCCCGACAGCAGUGCUGGGUACUGCCAGCAGAAGCUGCCCCACCCGCACCCCCCUCCUCGCCCCCGGACGGGGCUCUGGAGAACGGCAGUCCCGCUACCCGCGCAGUCGCGCAGUCAGGCCUGGCUUCCACCAGCAUCUCCGAGGACUACAGGAUGCUGCGCCCCUCGAUGACCGUGGCCAGCGAGCACCGCUACCCCGCCGCGUUGGGGGGGCGUGAGGACGGACCCCACCCUCCCUGGAGCCAAGCCCAGCCUCCGCUCACCCACGACAGCCAGGCGCGGCCCCCGGAGCGGACGAUGGCGCGGCCGUCGAGCAUCGAUGCGGAGAUCGACUCGUUGACCAGCAUGCUGGCGGACAUGCAGAACAACUCCCCCUUCCAGCCCAGGCCCCGGCCCAGCUACGACAGCGGCCUGUCCGCGGGCCCUGCUCCCUACCACUCCCAGCCCCUCCCCCACCCGGCUCCCAUCCCCGUCCCCCCAAAGUACAAGCCCCUGGCCCAGCCCCCCGUCACCAUGACGACCAAGGCGACAGGGCAGCCUGAGGCCUACUCCUCCUCGCGUCCGGUCGCCUACGGCAACGGGGCCUACACGACGGCCUCGGUGACCAGGCCUUACCCCCAGCCCGUGGCCGCCUCCUACACCACUGCCUCCAGCUCCUCCGGCCCCCCCUUCAACGUACAGGUGAAGGUGGCCCAGCCGGUGCCCAGCUACUCCCAGCCCGGCCUCCAGGCCGAGCAGGCCUACGGGCCCCCACCGCCCCCACGCCAAGCCUACGGGCCCCCCGAAAACCGCCUACCGUGCCCCUGCUACGCCUCAGGUCCUCCCGACCAACCCCCCCCCUCCUCCUCCUCCUCCUCCCCAGGCUGGUACCCCGCCUCACACUUCCCCGACGCCCACUACGGCCCCGAGCCGGUGUACGGGCCCCGUAGGGCCGAGGGGGCCGCAUACGGAGUCGGCCCCAAGCCCCCCGGACACUUCCAGCAGUUCAGCAGCAAGAAGGGGGGGUACGGAGAGGAGCUGCCCCCUCCCAACACUGCGCACCUCCACAAGGCCACGUACGGAGCCCCAGCAGGGAGUCAGGCCCAGAGCAGCCAGCCCGAGGAGGAGCUGGACCGCAUCACCAAGAAACUGGUGCAUGACAUGAACAACCCGCCCUCCGAGGAGUACUUCGGCCGCUGUGCGCGGUGCGGGGAGAACGUGGUUGGUGACGGCACGGGCUGCGUGGCCAUGGACCAGGUGUUCCACGUGGAGUGCUUCACCUGCAUGACCUGCCGCUGCCGGCUCAGGGGACGCCCCUUCUACGCCAUCGACAAGAAGUCUUACUGCGAGUCCUGUUACAUCAACACACUGGAGCAGUGCUCCGUCUGCUCCAAGCCCAUCAUGGACCGUAUCCUGCGGGCCAUGGGCCGGGCCUACCACCCCCAGUGCUUCACCUGCGUGGUGUGUCACCGCUGCCUGGACGGCAUCCCCUUCACCGUCGAUGCCACCAGCCAGAUCCACUGCAUCGAGGACUUCCACAUGAAGUUUGCACCGCGGUGCUCGUUGUGUGCCAGACCCAUCAUGCCGGAGGCAGGGCAAGAGGAGACGGUGAGGAUCGUGGCUCUGGACCGCAGCUUCCACGUCAACUGCUACAAGUGUGAGGACUGUGGUUUUGUGCUGUCAUCAGACGGUGAGGGGUCGGGCUGUUACCCACUGGACGGACACAUCCUGUGCAAGAGCUGCAGUGGCCGCCGCAUCCAGCAGCUGUCGGCGACAGUCACUACCGACUGCUGACCGUCCAGCACCGUCCGGCCACCAGCACCGAUGCUGCCCACUGGUCAGGAGGCCGU